AUGAUCUGGUCAGACGAGUCGACGGGGAUCAGUGAAGACAGAGUUAAAGCUAGUCCUAUAGCUACUAAUGAGGGACAGUUCAUUGGUGAAAUAAUUCUCAAAUUGUCUGUAUUUCUCUACUCGUGUCUGGCCAUAGCAUACCUGUGCGAUCAGUAUUUUGUGCCUUCACUUGAAUAUCUAGGAGAAGCAUUUCAUUUGCCGCCCGACAUCACCGGAGCUAUCCUUAUCCCCAUCGGCACAUCGGGACCGGAGAUAUUUUCGUCGGCAAUCAGUGUAUUCUUCACAUCCAAUGACAUCGGCACCGGAGCUAUCAUCGGAAGUGCGGUCUUCAACCUGUUGGCCAUACCGGCCGCCUGUGGUCUCGCUGUCGCCUAUUAUAUCGGUCGACCGGUUAAGUUGGAAGCGCUGCCAAUACUCAGGGAUUUGUUGUUUUAUAUUUUAUCAAUUAUUGUCCUGAUUCUUGUCAUCAAAGAUAAUAGAGUCGAUCUUGAUGACUGUGAUGAGAAACUCACUAUUGAGAGAUCCGAAAGCACUCCACUGCUCAAUGACAAGACGAUCAUUGUGUUGCAACAGUUGGCCACCAAUUGUGAUGCUAAUUACGGCAAUAGUGGCAAACUGAAUCCACUAAACGUGAAAAGUGGUUACGAAGAGAUUGUAGACCAGAAAAUGCAAUUUGAAGACAACGAUGACAACGAGAGCUCUAUUAUGAACAACUGUUUCUGUUCACUCAUACUAUCACCGGUUUAUAUAGUGUUUUGGGUGACAAUGCCUAAGAGGUGGAAGAUUCUUACAUUUGUUGUCUCUAUCGGAUGGUUAACCGGACUGUCGUAUUGCACCGUUUGGGCUAUCAGUGGAUUUAGUGAUGCCCUUGCGAUUCCCCAAACUAUAUCAGGGAUGACACUAUUAGCAGCCGGAUCUGCUGGUAACUAA